UUUGUUGUGAAUAAUUCUGCCGGAAGUGUGCAGCCUGCAGUGCAGUGUCUCAGGCCUUCAGUGCCUCACACCAAGUUGUACUUCAACUUAUAGUAAAGUCCCGUUAAAUACCUGCCGUGAUGCCUCGGGUGUAUGUCGGCAAGCUUAGCUAUCACGUUCGAGAGAAAGACAUUCAAAGAUUUUUUAGCGGUUAUGGCAAAUUAUUAGAGAUAGACCUGAAAAAUGGGUAUGGCUUUGUGGAGUUUGAGGACAUGCGGGAUGCUGAUGAUGCCGUGUAUGAACUGAAUGGAAAGGAGCUGUGUGGGGAGCGUGUCGUCAUUGAGCAUGCCCGUGGACCGAGGAGGGAUGGAUACGGCCAUGGAGGAAGGAGUAGCGGCUACAGCAGCUGGAAUCGCUCCAGCAGAGAUAAGUACGGGCCACCUGUUCGCACUGAGCACCGCCUCAUUGUGGAGAACCUGUCCAGCAGGUGCAGCUGGCAGGACCUUAAGGACUUUAUGCGGCAAGCAGGUGAAGUAACCUACGCUGAUGCCCAUAAAGGACGAGCCAACGAGGGCGUCAUCGAAUUUCGAUCCCGUUCAGACAUGAAACGAGCUUUGGAAAAACUAGACGGCACCGAUAUUAAUGGAAGGAAGAUCCGUCUGGUGGAAGACAAAGCUCGGCGUCGGCGCUCGUAUUCUGGCAGCAGAUCCAGGUCUCGGAGCAGACGGCGCUCUCACAGCCGAAGGAGUAGAAGCUCUCACAGUCGGUCCAGGUCUCGCUCACAUUCUCACUCCAGAUCGAAAAGAAAGUCCCGAUCACACACUCGCAAAUCUCAAAGUCCCUCCAAGAGCAAAAAGUCUCGCUCUCACUCAGACACUCGCAAGUCACGCUCCAAGAGCAGAUCCAAAGUCAAAGCCGAGCGUAAAUCCCGGAGUCGUUCCAAGGAGAAGUCUUCCGUUAAGAAGCCGAGAAGCCACUCGCGUUCCCGUUCGAAGAGUAGAAAUGAGAAACAUGCCUCAAAGUCCCCUCCUGGCAAGAACUCCAAGUCCCCAGCAAAGCGCUCGGCCUCCCGCUCCAGGUCUGGCUCUCGAUCCAGAUCAGCCUCUCAAGACUGACCAGUUUCUUCACUGUGUACUCAAGAAAAAUGGCACGGUACAUCCCAGAGCUCUGUGUUGGAGAUGUUUACAGAGGGUUUGGUAUCUUUUGGCAGAGAUUUAGAGCUCAUGAAAUGUAUAUUUUCUUGGCAAUCUUUUUUUGUUGAUCUUUUCUCUAAAAUGACUCUCAAACAAAUACUAUAGGAGAUCAGUGAAGCUGUUUUUGAGUUGUCUUUGAAUAAUUUUCCUUGUUUUAUCGAAGUGUGUGAUUUGAAUCCAGCAGCUGACAUGAGAUGCAAAAGUGGCUUCAUACUUUAAUUACAUAUAUGUGAUAAGUUCAGACAGAAAGAUGUAAAGGUCCAAACUAAUACUACUAUUUCCAACUAAUAGAUUCACAGUUUGCAUGUUCUGUGAAAUAAAGUUUUUACCUGUUUGUCUUUACAAAAUCCCUAAUAUCGUCCUCCAGCGGGAACGACGAUUUGAAACAAUCUGCAGCAUUUGUUUGUAAUGUCACAUUGGAAUAAAGUAACGGACAUUUUAAGAAGA